CGUACGUACGUAUGUAGCAUUGAUGUUUGUAUGAAUGUAUGUAUAUGUGCAUACUUAAAACUUCGCCCAACAAAUAUUUUCACAAAGGAGGAUUGCAUUUCACGAGAGGUGUGAAACACCCCUCAAAUGAAUUUGAACAAAGAUCUUUGAAAAUGAGGAUUUUUGCGAUUUUUCCACACAAGUGAAUCGAAUUUUCCGAUACCCCGUCUUAACAUGCAUCAACACAUAAGGUAACUACAGUACACUACAACUUUCUACUGGACAACGACUUUACGACAAUAUGCCUUUAAUAUAUAAUAUAAAUGUAUAAUGUCUUUACUAACCCACGAAUUUUUAUUAUACUAUUGUACAUUUGUCUACAAGGGUAUUUAAUAGUUGACUUCCUGAAUAUAAACGUCUUUUUCGUGUUUUUAAUUAAAACAACACGCAUGUUUAUUUGACGUUAAGCUAAGUGUUCGAAGCAGAUCCGUUGUUAGCCUGCUCAAACGCCGUUAGUCAGUUAGUUUUGGCAACAUGUGGGCUAUACUUGGUAUUCUGGUCGGAUUGUUUAACAGCACAACCACAACUUCAACUACUUUGGAAGAUUCCCAGGAUCUGUCAGAUAUUAGCUGCCUGAUCGCCACAGCGGAAUCCGCCCAAACCACCUAUAUAUAUCGAUGUUUUAGCUGCCCCGCAGCUAAUUCUGUUACUUACCUGACUUUGGAGCAGAAGCUGUAUCGUUGUGUGGCUUCGCAGUUGCCGAGCUGUAUGCGCAGCAUAGAAGCUCACGAGAUCGAGCCAAUUCGUCAGACAAGUAGCAUGAAUAUUUUUCAUAUACCCGCUGGCGACGCUGGACAGCCUCUGGUGCGCAGAAUUUUGGACAUGCUGAAUGCUCGACAGCCGAGGCGACAUCUCCAUAAAUAUCUGUUCAUUUGGCCAGAAGCUAGUGAGCAACAGCUAAGACAACUGUUUAAAGAAUGUUGGCGAAAGCAAUUACUCUUCGCUUUGGCAAUUAUUCACCGGGAGGGUAUCUACGAUUUCCAACCAUUUGGUGAAGAGGGACUGGAGCUCAAAAAGGUAUCCAAUGAUGCCUUCUACAUUGACAAGUUGAGGAAUUUGCAUGGAUAUGAACUCCGGUUUUCUAUGUUCACCCAUCCGCUGCGGGCCCUGCCGCUUAAUCCUGUGGAGAGCGAAGGCUAUGAAGCUAUUGAUGGGUCCGUUGCACGACUUUUGGCUAAAAAACUGAAUGCCACAGCUCGCUAUGUGGUGCCUCGUGAUGGUGAAGCUUAUGGACGUUGCCUGGAGAACGGCAGUUUCACGGGCGUCGUGCAGGACUUGGUAAAUGGGGAAACGCAUAUUGCACUCAACAUUCGCUUUGUCUUGGAAUGUAUGAUGCCGUUGCUAGAAUCGCUAUAUCCAUACACCCGAACCGUUCUCAGCUUGGUGGUUCCUGCGGCGGGAAUGCAACCGGAGUAUCUUAUCUUUGUGACCGCUUUUCGGAAUUCCGUUUGGCACCUGUUACUGGCCAAUUUCUUGAUUGCCUUUGUGCUUUUCCUCAUGUUACAGUGGCUGCUAAAGAGCAUUGUCGGAGAUGCAGGUUCCCACUGGUAUGAUAUUUUUCAAAUGCUCUUUAAGACGCAUUUGGGCCAACCCGUCGAUCGUUUCUUGCGCAUCAGCUCUAUACGAGCAUAUCUUAUAGGAUGGAUUCUUUUCAGCUAUGUGUUGACUUCUAUAUACUUUGGUAAGUUGGAGAGCAGCUUUGUUCAGCCGAAUUAUGAGCCACAGAUAGAUUCGCUGGAUGAGCUGAUACCACAUGGUUUGCGUGUGCACGGAAUAGAUACCAUGUUUGAGGCUGUGAACUUAUCACUUUCGGAGCGACAUUACCGUCUGAUUACAGCCAAUCACCGAGUGCACCCUCUUAAGGAUAGUGAACAUUUCUUUGAGCUGUUAAUCAGCCGUCGUUACAAAAAAGACGUCUUUAUUAUGCGUGAUGACAAGGCCAGAGAAUUCCUGGCACUCACCUACAACGCAGAGGCGGACCGUCCCGCCUAUCACAUUGUCAAACAAUACCUGAGAUCUAUGCCGAGCACUUAUGUGCUACCGCUGGGAUCACCGUUUUUAUACAAGUUUCAGCGAAUGUUGAGUAAUUUUUAUGAGCACGGCUUUUUCAAGUACUGGUUGCGCAGGGAUGUUGUCCAACGGAGUCGAACCUCGCAAUCCGAUGAGUUUUUCGAGGAUCUUGAACUGCAGGCAGACCUGGAAGCAGAGGAUGCAGAUUCCGAAGAGUGUCGCCCAAAACGAGUGGUGCUUACUUUGGACAUUUUACAGGGCGCAUUUUAUUUGUGGGUCAUUGGCAUUAUUCUGAGCAUAUUUGGUUUUCUACUGGAGCAGGGCUAUUUCCACUGGCCGCGCAUACAACGUGGAACACUUUUCCACGUUUGAUUUCGGACCUUAGAUAAUUGUAAAGUCAAAUCAUAACAAUUAAAUCACUACAAAUAAUCUAGCCGCUUGUAUAACAUUGACAAAUUUAUAGCUUAUAUUUCACGGCCAAUUGCAUGGCAAAUAAAAGAGUUCAUCCAAAUGUUUUCCCUGAUAAUUCCAUUUUCCUGACUUUAACACAUAAUGUAACUACAAUAGAUUCGAAAUAGUCGAUUUGGGUGACAAAUAAGGAAUAGUGCGCUUGGCUCUAGAGACUAAGCUUUUUUAUACCCUGAACCCAUUAAAAAUGGGUAUAAGGGUAUAU